AUGAAUGUUCGUUGCAAAAAGUAUGAUUAUCCAACUAUGCGUGUCAUUUUACAGGUACAUGAAUACAAUGACAUAUACCAAAACGAUAGAAGACCACGAAACUCAUCAAAAAGACGUAAAUACACCAAUCUGGAGCUGGUCGAAGCCGAACUUCUUCGAGCUCGGGUGGCCAUUAGAGACGCGAAAACAAGUAAUGAAACCUUAAUAAAGGAUCCCGAUUAUGUCCCGAGUGGGCCCAUGUAUUGGGACCCGAAACUCUUCCAUGCGAGCUACUUGGAAAUGGAAAAGAGAUUGAAGGUGUACGUCUACGAGGAAGGCGAGCCCCCGGUAUUCCACUUUGGGCCGUGCAAGCACACGUACGCAAUCGAGGGCAUCUUCAUGUCGGCCAUUGAGCAAAGCCGGUUCCGCACGUACGACCCCAACCGGGCCCACCUCUUCUUCCUCCCGCUAAGCGUGACGAUGCUAACGCAGGUGGUCUACGAGCCCAAUUCCCACGAGUGGUCCCUCAUGAAGAACACGGCCUCUGACUAUGUCGAUGUCAUUGCUCGGAAACAUCAAUAUUGGAAUCGAAGCUUGGGGGCCGAUCACUUCAUGCUCGCGUGCCACGAUUGGGGGCCCGAGAUCUCGUUCGCGGUCCCCAACCUUCACACCAACGCCAUCCGGGCCCUGUGCAAUGCCAACACGUCCGAGCAUUUCAGCCCGGCCCGCGACGUCUCGAUUCCCGAGAUCCACCUCCCCGGCGGCACCACCCGUGAAAUGCUUGGCGGGCCGCCCCCAUCCCAACGGCCCGUCCUUGUGUUCUACGCGGGUGGGGUCCACGGCCCGAUCCGCCCAAUCCUCCUCGAGCAUUGGGAGAACAGGUCGGACCCGGAAAUCCAAAUCCACCGCUACCUCCCCCGCAACGUGUCCUACGCGGGCAUGAUGCGUCGGGCUCGGUUCUGCCUGUGCCCGAGCGGGUACGAGGUGGCGAGUCCGAGGAUGGUCGAAGGCCUCUACUUGGGAUGCGUGCCCGUCCUCAUCAAGGACGGGUACGUAAUCCCUUUCAGCGAUGUGCUGGAUUGGGAGACGUUUGCAGUCAUAGUCUUGGUUGGGGAUAUCCCGAAUUUGAAGAGGAUACUGAUGGGGAUUACGAUGAAGGAUUACGUAAGGAUGCAGAGGAGGGGGAUUCAGAUGAGGAGACAUUUCGAGGUUAAUACUCCGCCUAAAAAGUACGACGUUUUUCAUAUGAUAAUGCACUCGAUAUGGCUGAGGCGGCUUAACGUGCGGCUGACCGAGGGCGGAGGUUCGGGAUCGUGA